AUGGCGUCAUUUAUCACUCGCGCUGAGAGAUCUGGAAAUAUCUUCUCUCGUGUUACUGGUUUAAUUCGAGCGGGGCAAUUGAACUGGGCGGAUCGACCGUUGUGGUACGAUGUUUACAUCUCCUCUCCACCUCUCUCGCCGCCUGACUGGAACGUGAAAUUGGCGAAGUUCGAUGAACCUAUUCGACCGAUUUUCUAUGAAGAAGACGUUCUCAGAGCAAAGUUUUAUAAAAAGUAUCGAAGCACGGCUGGUAUUCAAGUGGACAGUUCGAGAACUAGUGUUUCACAACAAUUCAUCAACGAAUACAAACUAGUCAAGACAGAAAAUUCGGGCGCCACGCCAGAUGAGCUUUUCGAAAUGACACAAAAACGGCUCAGCGAGAACGGAAUAAUUUUGAAAUAA